AAAGGCGAAGAAUGCGUUUGAGAAGGACUUUUUUAAACUUAUGAAUAACGCUGUAUCUGGUAUGCAACUUUAUUUAUAUAGGUAUAUAUAAACAUUUUUACUGAUAUUUUAUUUUUCUAGGUAAAACAAUGCAGUCUAUAAGGAAGGAAAUGAAGAUGGAGUUGGUGUCAUGUGAGAGGAGGUUACAAAAAUUGAUUAAUAAGUGUACGUUCAAGCACUGUACAACCUACAACGAGAACCUGAACGCUGUCGCUUUGGAGAACAAAAUUAUAAAAUUUGACAAACCUAUAUAUAUUGGAUUUGCUGUAUUAGAUAUUAGCAAAACGUUAAUGUAUGAUUACCACUACAAUGUCAUGCAGAAACAUUAUGGAGAGAAGAUAAAGCUUAUGUACACUGACACAGAUUCACUAGUGUAUCAUGUUCAGACAGAAGAUUUUUAUGUGGACUUGGCGGCUAACCACAGCUUGUUGGGUAGGAUGGAUACUGCUAACCUGUCCAUUGACCAUCCGUGUUAUGUGGCAGAAAGAAAGAAGACUCCGGGCUUCUUCUCCGACGAUGUGGACGGGGAUAUUAUUACUGAGUUCUGUGCGUUGAGGGCCAAGUCGUAUGCCUAUAAUAUAUAUGCUGUAGAGGGCAGAGUAGGAGGAGAAAAUAUCAAGGUGAAGAGUAUCAGAGCUCAUGUGGUUAAAAACCAUAUGACUCUUGAAGACCAUAGAAAGUGCCUGUUUGGAGAAGUUGGACUGGAGUUGAAUAGAGACAAUGUAUCGAUACGAUCAUUUAAUCACCAGCUUAUGACGAUAAAGACCAGGAAGCUAACGUACAACAGCUAUGAUGAUAAGAGGGUGGUGUUAGAGGGCAAAAUAAACACACUAGCCCAUGGUCAUUAUAGUAUAGAGGAAGAUGAUUAGCCUGAAUUAGAGAUCAUAA